AUGCCACAUCCGUGGGCCACCAGCCGGCGAGGUCCCAAGGCCUUCAAGGCAGGCAGGUAUGGGCAUCAGCCGCUCACGAUACAAGCGUCGACUCUGCGCGGCGACUUGUCAGCACACAGCCAGUCCAGCAUAGCCGUCGUCACCAUCGCCUCGUAUCAGCCACAGGGUGAAGACGGGAGGGGACAGGCGGGUGAGGACGGAACCAUCCGAGUCCCACCAGAGUCCGGAGUUCAGCUGAUGCCACAAACUCGAGUCGCGUCGACGUCAUCUUCACGCCAACAUGUUGGAUGGCGCAAUGUGACCGGAAGUGGGACGCAACCCCCCGCUAAGAACUGUGCGUAG